GAAACUGUAUUACUUAUGUCACCAAAUAACAAGCGGAUAUCUGACGUCAUCGUACGGGGAUCCCGCGUGUUUCACCUGGUGAGUGGAAGAGCAAUCUAAAUAAAUUAUUGACAGUUUACAGUCACAAAUAUUUGAAUCGUGCAAACUAAUUGUAUUAAAACAUUUUAGAAUGUCAAUAUACGAUCGAUAUUAAAAAUUGACAUAGUUUGCUGCACCAAUAAGUUAACACACUUAGCUACAAUUAGCUAAUUACGGUUUUUAUCAGACAUAUUCAUGCAGAAACUUAUACAUUCAUAGGAGAAUGUAUGAUUUGCAGUAGUAUUUAUGCUAACAUCUUACACUAGCUCAGAUCAAUUGGAAUUUUUAUCAAAAUUAUGUCCCAGUAACUGUUCGGGACCAAUAAUGUAGUACACAACAUGAAUAGUAUUUUCAAUUUCUCUGUUUUGCUUAAAAAAAUGAACACUGAUGUUAUGUGUAAGUUAUUCAAUUUUGUUAAAAUUGUUUUGCUCUUAACAGGUCCUUCUAAUUUGUUCCUACGGCGUUUAAGUCAUCUUUUACAGCACACCAAAGGCACUUUUAAGAGCCACGUUUGUUUUGUUAAUCUCUCUCUGCUGCUCUCUUCUCUAUUCUCUGUUUCAAACUGUGUUUGACUUUGUCUGUCUAUCUUUCUGCUUCUUUAAAAUAAUCAUCUCCAUUCCUGCGAACUUCAUCUGUAUGUCUUGUCAUGACAAGGCCCAAAUUCAGGCCCUGCCCAUCCUGUCAGGCUUCCAAUCAGGUAAGCAGAAAAACCUGCCAUGCCUGUUUUGGAAGCCUGUCCACAAAAAAGAAAUUAAAAGAAAAAAUUAUGACGUUGGAUGACCAGUGGGCGCAAGCUGUUCUUAAUAGCAGAAAUUUGAGUCGCAUAAUAGACUCUGCUUGCAUUGCCGUGCGGAAACUAGCAACUUUAGGAUGCAAUCCUAUUUUGUUUAUUGGUCGAAAGGAGAAAAGAAAAGAAAAGAAAUGGGUAGCCGACAUUAUUACCCAUCUGCCCCCCACUCCUGUAACUCGGAAUUUAUUGGAAAAGAUGCAAAGAGCAUAUGAAUUUAUUUUAACAAAGACAGAGCAGCGUCCUGAGAGCCUCGCCCGGGAGCGUCCCGAGAGCCAAGUCCAGGAACGUCCCGAGAGCCUCGCCCAGGAACGUCCCGAGAGCCUCGCCCAGGAACGUCCCGAGAGCCUCGCCCAGGAACGUCCCGAGAGCCUCGCCCAGGAACGUCCCGAGAGCCUCGCCCAGGAACGUCCCGAGAGCCUCGCCCAGGAACGUCCCGAGAGCCUCGCCCAGGAACGUCCCGAGAGCCUCGCCCAGGAACGUCCCGAGAGCCUCGCCCAGGAACGUCCCGAGAGCCUCGCCCAGGAACGUCCCGAGAGCCUCGCCCAGGAACGUCCCGAGAGCCUCGCCCAAGAACGUCCCGAGAGCCGCGUCCAGGAAAGUCCCGAGAGCCACGUCCAGGAACGUCCCGAAAGCCAAGUCCAGGAGUGCCCCGAGAGCCUCGCCCAGGAACGUCCCGAGAGCCUCGCCCAAGAACGUCCCGAAAGCCAAGUCCAGGAGCGCCCCGAGAGCCUUGUCCCAGAACGCCCAGAGGAGGAGUCUGAAACUUUGUUUAUCCUUAAUCUUGUUCCUGUGUCAUCCCCACUUUCUUCCACUUCUCUCUUUCCUCCUUUUAAACCUUCACACACAUCUUCACCUCCACUUCCAUGCUAUCAGUCUUCACCACAGAGAAAAAGGAAAAACAUCUCUACAUCCUCUUAUCCACCCAGUUCCAUUCCCCAUCGAAAAAAAAAAAGAAUGCAGUUAGACUCAUCCAGGAGCACCCCGAGAGCCUUGCCAAUGAGAGCCCAGAGAGCCGCGCCCAGGAGCAUCCUGAAAGCCUUGCCCUGAAGCACCCUGAAAGUUUUGCCCAGAAGCGUCCCGAGAGCCUCGUCCAGGAGCAUCCUGAGAGCCUUGCCCAGAAGCACUCUGAAAGUUUUGUCCAGAAGCGUCCCGAGAGCCUCGAUCAGGAGCAUCCUGAGAGCCUUGCC